AUGCCUCGUCGAUUCAGCAGCAACUCCUCCAACGACACCUCUACCAACCCGCCGUCCUUUUCACCUUCGGGAAAGGGCGGUAUCUCCAUCAAGGCCCCCACGGUCAAAUCCAACCGUCUGUCUCAGUUAUUUUCGGUCUCGCCCAAGUCUAAACCCGAAGCUGUACAGUCUGGGUACUCUCACCCUAACGCUUCUUCUCCGCCGAUAAGUUCGGCAUCACUGUCCUUACCGACGAUCUCCUUAUCAACUGCCACCGCGGAUAACCCCAACAUGGACGAGCUGCCUACCACUCUCUUCCAGCCUCCGACCCCGGAGGAGGCUCGUCGGCUGGCCAAACAACAUGCCCAAUUUGGUCCGAUCGGUCAUCCCAGCCACCGAUACUCCAGUCGACACCCUGGUGGCGUCUUCCCGGAGCCGGUGAUGGACGAGCCGCCGUAUUAUUAUCUGCUCACAACCUAUAUCAGUUACCUAAUUCUAAUUGCUUUCGGCCAUGUCCGUGAUUUCUUUGGCAAGCGAUUCCGCGAGGAAAACUACCGCCAUCUCAAGCCUCGCAACGGCUAUGGCGCGCUCAACAGUGAUUUCGACAACUUCUAUGUGCGCCGUCUGAAGAUGCGUAUCAACGACCUCUUCGAGCGCCCCGUGACUGGUGUUCCCGGCCGAACCAUUACUCUGAUCGACCGGGGCACUGAUGACCACAAUCAGCACUUCUACUUCACGGGUACCACUACUGAUACCUUGAACCUGAGCUCGUACAACUACCUGGGUUUCGCUCAGUCGGAAGGCCCCUGUGCCGAUCUUGCGGAGGAAUCUAUCAAGAAGUAUGGCAUCACAGCACCUAGCACCCGAGCGGAGAGUGGCACACAAGACCUGCAUCUCGAAGUAGAGGAGUUGAUCGCCAAGUUUGUGGGAAAAGAAGAUUCGAUGGUUUUCUCCAUGGGCUUCGGUACUAACGCGACCAUCUUCCCCGCCUUGGUCUCCAAGGGAUGUCUCCUGAUUUCCGAUGAAUUGAACCACGCCUCGAUCCGUUUCGGUGCUCGUCUCUCUGGUGCCUCCAUCUCUAUGUUUAAGCACAAUGACAUGAACGACCUAGAGAUUAGACUUCGAGAGGCUAUCUCUCAAGGACAACCCCGCACUCACCGACCUUGGAAGAAGAUUCUGGUCGUUGUCGAAGGUCUAUACUCCAUGGAAGGUUCCAUGUGCAACCUUCCUGGUCUUGUGCAGUUGAAGCGCCGAUACAAGUUCAAUCUAUUCAUCGACGAGGCCCACUCUGUCGGAGCCAUCGGCCCGAGGGGACGUGGUGUGUGUGAUUACUUCAGCAUCGAUACUUCCGAAGUUGACAUCCUGAUGGGCACGCUUACCAAGUCAUUUGGUGCCAAUGGUGGUUACAUUGCCGCAGACAAGGUCAUGAUUGACCAACUCCGUGCUACCAACCCCGGUGUCUUCUACGGAGAGUCUCCCGCGCCCGCAGUCCUUUCCCAGAUCUCUUCCGCUCUGCGUCUCAUCAGCGGUGAUCUCGUUCCUGGUCAGGGUGAAGAGCGCCUGCAGCGAUUGGCUUUCAAUUCGCGAUAUCUGCGUUUGGGAUUGAAGCGUCUUGGCUUUAUAGUAUACGGCCACGAUGAUUCGCCAAUCAUCCCACUCCUUCUCUUCAACCCUGCCAAGAUGCCUGCAUUCUCGCAUGAGAUGCUCCGGCGCAAGAUUUCUGUGGUUGUUGUCGGUUACCCGGCCACUCCACUGGUCUCGUCUCGUGCUCGCUUCUGUGUCUCUGCUGCCCACACCAAGGAUGAUCUCGACCGUGUGUUGGCCGCUUGUGAUGAAAUUGGCAAUGUUCUCCAGCUGAAGUUCUCCACUGGUAUUGCGGGUGGUGCACUGCCUGCUGCCGAACAGCCAGCUCCCCCGCCAGAGAUGGAGAAGGACUGGCAUCGCAAACGCUCGGACAACAUUUCCCCUCCCCGCUGGCGCAUCGAAGAUGUGAUCCGGCGUGGAGUCCAGGAUGUCAAAUCCCCCUUGUAUUAA